AAACAACCAGAGGAGGCUUUGAAGCAGUGCAAAUACGUUCUUGCUCGUAACGUACGCGAUGGCAAGGCUUUAUAUCGCGAGGCCCAGGCGUACGAGCAGAUGGGCCGAACUAUUGAAGCAGUGCAGUCUUUAAGACGACUUCUGGCAGUAGAUAGGACGAAUAGGGCUGGCAAGGAAGCCAUGGCGAGGCUGAUGGCCGAUGCAGUCCACCAGACGCAGGCAGGAG